AUGAACCUGUGGCUCUUGGCCUGCCUGGUGGCUUGCUUCGUGGGGCCCUGGGACUCCACUGUCCACGCCCAAGGUGCCUUUGAGGAUUGCUGCCUGGCUUACCACCGCCACGUUGGGUGGGCUGUGCUCCGGCACGCCCGGGCUUACCAGCACCAGGACGUGAGCGGAAGCUGUAAUCUACCUGCUGUGAUAUUCCACCUCCCCCAGAGACGCAGGAUGCUGUGUGGGAACCCACAGGACAGGGGGGUGCAAAAGGCCAUGAGGUUCCUGGAUGCACGGACCAAGAAGCUCUACAACACCCGGAUGACCUUCCACGGAUCUCAUGCUGGGAGGAAGAAGUUGAGUUCUGGAACCUCUGGGCUACCAUCGUCCAUGUUUAGUGAUCUCACUCAUAGCAGUAAGAGGAAUGCCUCCCUCCCAGCAGCAGCUAAUCCAGGUGACCAUCCGCCACCUGUCACCUUUGCUAAGGGUUGA